CAAUAGAAUUUCAACGGUUCAAAGGAGGAAGGGGGCUGACUUGAGAUACUGCCGGACAAUAAUGGCUGCCCAAACAGUAGCGGCCUCCGUCACCGAGGCUGCGACGUCGGCCACAGCAAAACCAGCUCCCUUUCUUCUCCACCGCCUAAUUGAUCUCGACAUAGCCUUUUCCCUCUGGGUUCACUCAGCCUGCCUACCCAUACCCCGUUGGCUCCUCAAAGCCCUAGAGAUCUCCGGCGAUGGCCGUUUCUGGUUCCCAAUCCCGAUCUCCCUCUUCUCCUUUUCUUCCCGCUCUCCUAUCCUUCUCGCCCUCAUCCUCGGUUCCCUCCUCGAUCUUCUCCUUGUCGGACUCAUCAAGCACCUUGUUCGCCGUCCUCGCCCCGUCUACAACAAGGGUAUGAAUCUCACCUUCGCCGUUGACCACUGGUCGUUCCCUAGCGGUCACUCAUCUAGGGUCUUCUUCAUUUCCGCCUUUCUCAUUAUGUGCGCUGAUCGCUUCCGAGCUGACCUCGACUCCCACCAUUUGGUCCACGGCUACUUUGGAGGUGAACCCACGGACCUUUUUCUCAUGUUUGCUUGCGUUUGGUCGGCUGCUACCUCGGUUUCCCGCGUGUUGCUUGGCAGACAUUUUGUGCUUGAUGUGAUUGCCGGGGCAUGCCUGGGCGUUUUUGAAGCUCUGCUCGUCUUCCAUUUGAUGAAAAUUUAGAGGAAAAAGGAAAACUUUUUUGAUAAGUGUGUGCAGUUCUUUUAUUUCUUUUAUAGCAAGCUGAAAUCACGAUAGUUCUUAUUGGAGUCUGCUAUUUUCUUGUGCAAAUUCAUUAUUCUGGUCAUGAUUUCUUUAACAAUUUUGUUCGUGAAAGAGCUAAA